AACCUUGUGACAAACUUUCUGGUGGAGGAAAAAAUAUUAAAUAAAACAAUGAGCGGGUGUCCAUUUCUGGCGAAAAGUCAUCAUUUCAAAUACAAUCCCGCUGAGGUAGAGGAAGAUGAUGAUGAUGAUGUCUCGCAAAAAGGAACCAACAAAGCCACCAAAGGAGAAAUUGUUUAUGGGUAUUAUCUCCAGCUGGAUAAGAUCAUUACUGCUCAGAAACUGCAAAGUGAACUGAAAGGCAACAAAAUCCAUGAUGAGCAUCUCUUCAUAGUCACGCACCAAUCUUAUGAGUUAUGGUUUAAGCAGAUUAUGUGGGAGCUUGAUUCGGUUCGGGAGCUCUUCAUUCACAAUCAUGUUCGGGACGAGAGGAACAUGCUGAAGGUGGUGAGCCGCAUCCACAGGAUCACCAUGAUCUUCAGGCUGCUGGUCGACCAGUUUGCUGUGCUGGAGACCAUGACUGCUUUGGAUUUCUUCGAUUUCAGGGAGUACCUGACCUCGGCUUCAGGCUUCCAGAGUUUCCAGUUUCGUCUUCUCGAGAAUAAGUUCGGAGUUUCCGACAAACUGAGAGUUCCCUAUAACCGUCGUCACUACAGGGACAAAUUCCAAGGGAAGGAGAGCGAGGAACUGUGCAAAACGGAGCAGGAGCCGACACUCCUGCAGCUUGUGGAGAAAUGGCUGGAGAGAACACCUGGUCUUGAAAAGGAUGGUUUUGACUUCUGGGGGAAGCUGCAGGCAAACAUUGAGGAAGGUUACAGGAUGAAGAAGCAGAAAGUUGAUAAAAUGCCGACCUGUGAGAAAAAGCAGGACAUGCUGGAGGAUCUCACUAAGCAGACUGAAGUCUUCACGUAUCUCUUUGACUCCAAGCAUCACGAACAUCUCUUAAGCAAAGGAGAGCGCCGGCUGUCUUACAGAGCCCUACAGGGAGCCCUGAUGAUCUACUUCUACAGGGAGGAGCCUCGGUUUCAGGUGCCGUUCCAGCUUCUGACGUACCUCAUGGAAGUUGAUACACUUAUGACCAAAUGGAGAUAUAAUCACGUGUGCAUAGUGCACAGAAUGAUCGGCAAUAAAUCAGGUACAGGAGGCUCUUCAGGUUACCACUACCUGCGUUCUACUGUCAGUGACCGUUAUAAAGUCUUUGUGGAUUUGUUCAACCUGGCUACGUACCUGGUCCCCCGCGACUGGGUCCCCAAAUUGAACCCCACAGUCUACAAGUUCCAAUACAUAGCUGAGUGCAACGACAGCUCAUACAGCUCCAGCGGCUCCUGCAGCAGCGAGGAAGACUAAACAGACACGCUUCUGGCAUGACAGCAACGUCCGGACACACUGAUUCCUAUGUGUGAUAAAUUAUUGCUGCCUGUAUUUUUGAUUGAUUUUGAUUGAUUUUUUUAUUAUUGAGGCUGUCAAUAUUUCGGCUGUAUUCCUGAUUUGCAAUUCAUAGAAUCUAUAUUUCAUAUUAAAUCCUAGUUUGUUGAUUAAUUCUGUCAUAAUUUUGACAAUCUGGAUGUUGCAUUUUGUACAUAUUAUUUAUUAGUUGAGUCUUCUAUAAAAAUAACUUUAUCCCCUAUAGUGACCGGGUAAAUUAAUUAUGCAGUAUGUUAGCAGGUAGUUAUUUUGUAAAUAUGUAUUUUAAAACACUGUAGCAUAAUGUAAUUUAGCAAAGUUUAAUGUAAAAAUGUGUUUAUUAUAUAUUGUAUUAGAAAUUCAGAUUUUACCUGCACACUUGUGUAGAAGAAAUGUGCGAUAUUAUAAAUAAACUUUGCUAUUCU